CCAAAAGUUAACUCAAAGGUGAACAACCCUUUUAAGCCGGCUGCAAACAAUGCAUGCAGUAUUCUUUAAUUUAGUGGCAAAGGUAAUCCUGACAGACAUAUACUCUAUGUGAAUGGUACAACAUGGCGCUUUAUUGAAACAGAACAAUUUUAUGAUCGCAGUGGGUGACAUUCCUGCAGGGAUUAAUCACUGAAGGAAGUUACAGAGUUUGUGAAUAAUCACACUAUAGACAAUAGUCAGGACCACAAGUGCUUACUUGGCUGCUUCUCCUUAUCGAAUUUGCACAGGGUCUGUAAGAUCCAUUCAACAGCAUGAGACUCUUGCUUUGUGAGUCACAAAUGAACCUGGAGGCGUCUCAUGGCCCUUCUUAGCAUGCUUCUUUUACCAGGAGUCCCCCGAUGUUCUAGGAUAAGGAUAUAGCAGUGGCUUUUGGAAAAGUGGCAGUGAUUUCUGUUCUCUUUAGAGAGGGAAAUGCAAUGCUGUUGAAUUUUGAUCAUGUUUUAUUUCCUGUAAUUUGCAGAGAGGCAGCAAGGGUCUUCCUCCCAAACUGUGGGACUGGGCUCCUAAGGGGGCUCAACGUAACAGAUGAGGGCUCCAGCCUGGAUACCUUAAAACCUUAGGACGGUGACUAGUAAAAGCAGUCUUUUUAAUACUUGUAGAGUUAAAAUAGAACAAACGUGGCUCCUGUAGCAAAUUUUAAUUGCAAAGAGAGGCGAUUUCGUGAGAUUUCGACACUUCUGUCUGAUAGAAAACUGUCUGACCUAAUACCUAUGUCCACCUACCACUAUUCCUAAUAGUAUUGAAUGGAAAAAACCCAGACAAAUGAUGGUGACGGAGGACCUCCACUGUAGCAACACUCAAGUGAAAUGUAAUGUAAAUGGAAUGACCACAAUGGGAGAGAUUGAAGGUACUUACCGUAUACUACAGAUGCCGGGCACUCGUUUGGGCAUGCAGAAGAAUGUUGGAAUUAGCACCUUGGAACCUGGACAGAACCUAAGUACAGCUAUAACCACAAGCCCAAAGUCACAAAACCAUGACUCUUACUCCAAUGUGUUGCUGCUGGACGGUAGCACCCUUCCUUUGGAAAUAGGGCCCAAGACCACAGGACAAGCCCUGCUGAGACAGCUGUUCACUCAUCUGAAUGUGGUGGAGACAGACUACUUUGGCAUUGAGUUUGAGUCUACGCAGUCACAGUGGGUCUGGUUGGAACCUCUGAAAUCUGUUAACAAGCAGCUGCGCAAACCAAAAAAUUCUAAACUGCGCCUGGCUGUGAAGUUUUUCCCUCCAGAUCCUGGUCAACUGCAAGAGGAAUAUACAAGGUACCUGUUUGCUCUGCAGAUCAAGAGGGAUCUUGAGGAGGAGAAACUGGUCUGCUUGGACAAUACAACAUCGCUGCUGAUUUCCCUGCUCCUGCAGUCGGAGAUCGGGGAUUAUGAUCAGAAAGUAGAUCAAGAGCAUUUGCAGGAUAUUUACUAUGUGCAGCGCCAGCACAGCCUAGAAGAUCGGAUAAUGCAGUACCAUCAGCAGCACAUUGGCAUGUCUCCUGGAGAUGCAGACUUUCAAAUCCUUGAGAUUGCUAGGAGGCUGGAUCUGUAUGGGACCCGUUUUCAUCUGGCUUCUGACCGAGAAGGUGCCAAAAUUAACCUGUCUGUGUCACACAUGGGUGUGCUGGUUUUCCAGGGCAAUACAAAGAUAAACACUUUCAACUGGUCAAAGAUUCGAAAACUGAGCUUCAAAAGGAGACGCUUCCUAAUAAAGCUGCACCCAGAGGUUCAUGGUCCAUAUCAAGAUGCUCUUGAGUUUCUGCUGCCGAGUCGGGACACAUGCAAGAGAUUCUGGAAGAUUUGUGUGGAGUAUCACAGCUUCUUCCGCCUUCAAGAUCAGCCCAAACCGAAAUCCAGACCAGUCCUGUUAAGCCGGGGUUCCUCUUUCCGAUAUAGCGGCCGAACACAGAAGCAGCUGAUUGAUUAUAUGCGAGACACGGGUGUAAAGAGACCAUCAUAUGAGAGGAGACACAGCAAAGCCAGAGUUUCCCCUUGCACUGCGACCCCUGACCCUCCAAAGCAGAUCCUCACUUUCACUGAGAGUUUGAAGACGCCUCUGUCAUCUUUCCCAACCAACCAGCCCCUUCAUUCAUUUUCCAGCAUAACUGUGCCAUCACCUCAGAAGAACAUGCCCAGAAAUGAUGAUGUUGUGUUAUCUCGAACGCAGGAAGAACCUGUCAGGAAAGCUGCAGAGGAUUCCAUACUACCAGUGCACUCACCAUUACCAGGUCUUAGCCCCCACCCUAUCCCUUCCUUGAGUAGCGAGCAGGAUUCAGAAGGAAUCAGAGAUACAGAUAAUGACCCUCAGAAUGAGAAUGUUAGGUUAUGGGUGUCAGGAGUCUCUGAUCCUUUCCUCCCAACAGAAGAAUACAUAGAUGAUGAUCCAGCUGACAUAUCCUUUGGUGGAGGGGCAGAGCUGUAUGAUUAUGGUGGGGAUAUGUUACCAUCUAUUGAUGAGGACCAUUCACCACAAGAGUAUUACCUUAAGGAGGAAGAUGAAAGUGACUUCAAUGGCAACUCAAGGCUCACAGAUGCUAGUGAGUUAUUUCAAGUGAAAGCUCAGGCUAGUUUGAUGCAAAGUCUGUUGAGCCCUUCAGAGAGCAGCUCCCUUCUUCAACAUCGUUCAGAGAGCAGCUCAUUGCUCCACCAUCGCUCUGAAAGCAGCUCUCUUUCCAAUCUCAAUGGGAUGCCUCCUUUCUCCCGCUCUGCCAACCACUCCACUGCUAGUUCCAUGAUCAACUUCCCAGCCUGCUCUGUAAGAUCUGAAUCUAGCUCUGCAUUCCAGUUUGGUGACAUCUUGGACCAGCUGGAGCAGCUGAGUUACCCCCCAACAACAACGGAGGACUCCAGCAGCUCCAACGAAGACUCGUGGGACUCUGAUGGGGAGCCACCCCUUGACAUAAACUUAUUCUUCAGCAAUCCUCUGAUAAAUUAUCAUGCCAAUUUAAACCAGCUUGGGGUGCCAGAUAAGAAGGGAGAAACCGAUCCCAUGGGGAAUGAGCAAGAACAUAUGUUUCUUUAUCUGAAUACUCCAGGAAUCCAUCAUUGUUGGUUAAUAAACAUUUUCAUGGGGAACAGACAUCUGAGGAUGCACCUCUACAUAUGCGGCCGUCGCUUAUCACCUGUCACUCUGAGGUUGCCUGAUUCCAAUAUGCCAAUUGGUAGCUCACCUCUGUUGAGCCCAGCUCUUAGUGACACUGGUAGUACCAGAACUUAUGAUGCAGAAUACUGUACCGAGAGAAAGCCAAUGGAUGAAGCAUAUUACAUUACCAAGGAAAUUUUAAGCACCGAGACAUCUCAUCUAAAGGACAUAGAGGUUAUUAGUGUGUGGCUGCACAAAGUUCUCAGUAAAGGCGGUCUUCUUCUGGGGCCAGUUGAGCAGCUGAUGAAACCUCUGUUUUCAAACAUGGCACCCAUGCAGCAGUUUCACAAGGACUUUCUGCAGCAGCUUGAGGAUGUUGUUCUUCUCUGGGAGGGGAGAUUUGUACAUGCCAAGGAUACCCAGAUCAUUGGGGACCUUGUGCUAAGGAAUAUGACAGCUCUACGGGCUCUGCUGCCUCACCUACACAAGUUGGAAGAUGUGUUCCUGGAACUGCAGAGAAAAUCCCCAGGGCAGCAGGAGGUGGACGUUUUUCUGCAGGAGUUUGAGCAGCAGAGGGUCUGUUACUUACCCCUCAGCUGUCUCCUGCUAAAACCCUUGCAGCGCCCACUGCAGUAUGAGAAAUUGCUAGAGAGACUUUGCCGCCAUUACCCUCCUUCGCACCAUGACUACAACAACUGCCAGCGGGCAUUGGUUGAGGCCAGUGCAGUUAGUUCCAGACUACGCCACCGCCUGUUACACCUACAGAAUCUGCAGAGACUGGAUCAGUUGCAGAGGGAUCUGCUGGGAGGAGACCACUUGUCAUCUCCAGGGCGGGAGUUUAUCCGUGAGGGCUGUCUGUACAAACUGACCAAGAGUGGCCUGCAGCAGCGCAUGUUCUACCUGUUUUCAGAUAUGCUGCUGUACACUCGAAAGGGCCUGAGCUGUACCAAUCAAUUCCGGGUGCAUGGACGCCUUCCAUUGCAUGGCAUGCUGCUGAUGGUCUUGGAUCCCCCUGCUGAGGAUAGCUACAGUUCUGUCCCUCACUGCUUCACUAUCUACUCAGCACAGACAACUAUAGGAGUGGCAGCCAGUUCACAGCAGGAUAUGAGGCGCUGGUUGGAUGAUCUGAACGCUGCAAUAAGCCGUGCCCCCAGAUACAGUGAACUCUCUGCCCAAUCCCUUCAGCAGCCAGUUAUCAUAUCCUCUGGAGAAAGCCAUCAUCCUAACACACUGAGCCACGUUUGCUGGUAUCGGAACCAGAGUGUCUCCCUCGCUGAUCACCUUACUAUGAUGGAGAACCAGCUCUCCGGCUAUCUUCUUCGCAAAUUUAAGAACAGCAAUGGGUGGCAGCGCCUGUGGGUGGUCUUUACCAACUUUUGCCUUUUCUUCUACAAAACUCAUCAGGAGGAUGCACCUCUCGCCUCUCUGCCUCUCCUGGGAUACACCGUGAGCGUCCCAUCCACCUCAGAUCCUGUCAGCUGCCAGAACGUAUUCAAACUCCACUUCAAAUCACACGUGUACUUCUUCAGAACAGACAGCGAGUAUACGUGGAGAAGGUGGAUGGAGGUGAUUAGACGCGGGGUCAGUUCUCCGGGGAAGAUAGGAUAUUUGACUGAGGACGGGAGCUGUGCGGUGUAGCCAAUAACACGUCUAUGUUGUUUUCUUUCUAGUGCUGCUCCGUGUUCAUGUGAAUGUACAGAAACCACUGGGCUGAACACAAGAAGUUAAACUAAGUGUUAGAGCUGAACUACAUGCAGAUUGGGUAGGAUGCUGUCAGACUGACAGAUUGCACACUACAAGUUGGAAGUAGUUGCACUGCUCAAAACAAAUUAUAGGAAAAGCAUAUUGGAAGGAACUCUGCAUCCAACAUAAUCUGAGUGUCAGAGAGACUUUUCCUUCUCAUUGAAAUACACUGACUGUGUGUUUUGUUAAAGGAAUAGUAACACCAAUUGUUUUAGUGCUUAAAGGGGAAAGUCUAAAAUAAAAUAUC